UCAGCAGCAGCAGCAGCAGCAACAACAACUGCAACAGCAACAGUAUCGACAGCCGCCGCAACAGAAACAACAACACUUUUGCCAACCGAGCCGGAACAUUCUGUACCCAUGCUAUCGGUACAGACGGCCGGCUGCGCGGGAAUGGAGCGGCUCGGCGUUCCGACCCGCACAUCUUUGAGCACACCACCCGAUGAUAGGGAUCAAUUUAGAUGUAGAAUGCGCGUUGAUGCGCUCCAGGCACGUGAGCUACUGGCUGUGCGUGGCGAAACUGUGAUUCGUGGCGCCGGCAACAAUCAGCAGCAUCAGCAGCAACACCUUCUUCAUCACAGCAGCAUCAGCAGCAGCACCAGCAGUAGCAGCAACAAGCAACAACAUUCCCACCACCAGCAACAACGCAUGACAACUCCAAGCACGCACAACUCCGGCGGAGGAGGAGGAGGAGCAGGCGGUGACCGCCAACCGUUGAGUAACAGUAGCAGCAGCAGCAACAACAACAAUAGUAUUAGCAGUAAUGUGGCGCGAGGCGGCAUCGAAGCGACAACCCUCAAGUACGGAAACACCGGCAGCGGGAGUGGUUGCUACAAGGGCGACUGCGGCAACACCUCCUCCGGAUCCACGUGCAGCUCGCUGCAGAGCCACAGCAACGAUCACCACCAACAUUACCAGUACCAGCUGCAGCAGCAGCAGACGCCCCGUUGUCCACAUCACGUACCACUGCCGGACAGCGAGUACGGACAGGAUCGGCACCUGCAAAUCAGGAGCAGCUACCAGCAAUCGGAGAUCACAAGGUCGUACACGAAACCGCCGCCCAACAAGACGGUGCGGGAUGUGCCCGAGCAGAUCUCGGCGGGCGGCUGCGGCGUCUCCAGCUCCAGCUACCGUCUCACCACGCUCCAGGCCGCCUCCUCAACGUACACGCCCGGUGGCGUGUCAGUGUCCGCCUCCUCAUCGUCCAGCAAAUCGAAGCCGAAUGCCAUAACCAAGUUCUUCUCGCGCAUCAGUUCGCCCAAGUCGCCGCCGAGCUGUACGAUGUCGUCGGUGGCGUCGCCUUCGCCUCCAUCCUCCGUCUCCAUGUCGUCGUCCGCCUCCUCGCUAGCCUCCUCCGCCUGUGUGUCCACCUCGUCGUCGGCCUCCUCGCUGGCUGCCGCGCCUCUGCCCACGCUGCCAGUGUCCAAUGCAUCGAUGCUGAAGAGCACGGCCUGCGGUUAUGGGACAAAUCCCAGCGGGACGCAUAUCUACGCGGGAUUGGGCCCGAGCACGCAACUGCUGACCAGCCUGGGAACCGGAACGAGCGGCAAUUGCAGCCCCGAACGGAUACCCACACCGCCGCUGUCCGUCUCCGUGCCAAUUGGAGCUGGCCUGCAGCCACUGAGGAGCAGCAGCAGCAGCAGUACCGCCAGUCUACCCGCCAACGAGACAGCUGCAACAACAACAACAUCAACAGCAACAGCCAACACUCAGUCUUCCUUUGCCGCCGGAGCCGGAGCGACGGGGGAUCUCCCGCUGACAACGAUGAGCCGCAAUAAUUCCAACUCUAGCAUGAUGAGCUACCACUGCAGCUGCAAUAGCCGGAAUUGCAGCCACUGUGCGGCCAACUCAUAACUGAGCUCGUGUUAAGUUUAACUACAUAACUACAGAUAUCGGCGGUUGGUGCAGAAACCACUGGAGAUUUUAGAACAUAAGCUAAGCUUUAGGAGCCAACGAGCUCUGCUCUAAGGAUAAUAACAACAACUUUUGCUGGUAAUUUUUCGAAAUAUUUUGUUUUUAAAUAUUUGAUCUAUUACUAUUUUGUGAGAGGUGCACAUUUGAAAAAGAUAUUUGUUAUUUAAUCUCCAGAGUUUUGUGCAGCACCUCCAAUACAUGUAUAUCUACAUAUAUAUACACAUAUAUUUUUUUUAUGUUAGCCUAUGUUUAUCUAUUAUGUUAAAGUUUAACAGAUUUAUUUUAUGUAGGUCUGUCGCCAACUUUUGCGCUGGUACGAAAAGACUGUUUAUUAGUCAGAAUUUAAUUUGUAAAUUUGAGUAACAAGAGAAGGAAAGUUAGAGAAUGAGAAAUGGAGAAGACAUAGCUGCGCUGCCGCCUUUUAAGCACUCACCACAGACCAUAGGUUUUUUUUUAGUUCUGUAACAUCAUUUCCAUUCGUCGCUUGCUUAACGUAACGAAACGUGAAUUUUUUUUUUGUGAAAACGAAGAAAGCAACAAACUUGAAAGAGACAGACACAAUACCACAAAACUUGAUGAAGGAAAGUAAAUAACAAAUCAUAAGUGAAUAUGUAAUUGUAAUUUUAUGAAUGAAUAUUGUAUACACUUUAGUUUGAAUAACUCUAGUUUUAAAUCAAAGCCAACCAACUCUUAACUAUAAUCUAUCCCUAUGCCUACCCUUAUCCAUAUCCCAUAUCCCCUAUUAUUAUUGUACGCAUGGCCCAUGUGCUGGAACACACGAAAAACACACACAAACAAUUUUUAGUUCAAUUGAAAUUUGUAUUUGUAUAUUUGCUAACGGAAUUACAAUGUAAAAAAAAAAAAAAAAAAUGAAAUGAAAUCUAUGUAAACCAAAUUGUAGAGAAAUUAUUGUUUUCAUUUUUAUUUGGCUGAAGCUUAUUCUCAUUGCGGUUUUCCAGCGGGAUUUAUUUGAAUUUUACAUUUAAAAAAUCAGAAGACCGAUAAUUUAAACUUUAUCGACCAGCAAAUGCAGUCUGGCAACUCUGGCAAAACGUUUUCUUGGGACUGUCACUCUGGUCGAUCAUUGGAAAGUUUGGCAUCACUGAACGAUCUUGGCGGUCUUUUAAGUAGAAAAUAGCACCUUUUUUUGCGUGUUAAGUUUAGAAUAAUAAAAGAAUUAAAAAAUAAUCCCACUGCAAUGUAAGUUAUAAGCACAAUUAAGAAUUUAGAACAUUUUGGUAAUUUUAAUUAUAAUUAGAUCUCACCAGCUAUAAUUUUGAAAAUUCUCGUUUUCCAAAUAUAUUUAUUAAAUUCUUAAGUGUCUUUUCCAGAUAUCCGAAACCCAAAGUAUAUUUGCCCAAACAAUAUAAAUUUAAAUUAUUAAAGAGGAGAAAACAAAAAUGGUUUCAAAAACUUACGAUCCAUUAAAUCAAAUUUAAAUCACAUUUAACCAAACAGUUUAGAAAAAAAAUCGAAGCAAGAAACUAGGAAAAUAUGAUAACAAAGCAAAAUAAUGGAAAACACUUUACUACGCCAACAAGUCCUACAAGCCUACUUUUUAAAUACAUAACGAUAUAGUUCGAUGUCUAUGGAUCAAGGAAUACUUAAAGUAAAGCAAACGGAAAUAGCCCGAAGUAUAAGAGACCGAAGAAAAACCGGAGACAAUGAAUAACUAAAUUUAACAUGUAGAAAUUAAUUGAUUAAUUAAUUAGGUAUAAACAAAUUAAGUCCAGCUAAAAUAUCGAAGCGGUAACGUUCGUUCGAUCGUUAUAUCGGCUACACAUAUACACAUUUAUACAAAUAUUUAUAUACAUACAUAAAUAUAAUUUACGUAAACAGGCCUAAUUUCAACUACCUCCAAAACUGUUUUUUAAAUUAAACAAUUAAAUUCUAAACGAAGAUCAAGUCUACGAAUUAUGUUUAGCAAAAACUAAACGGAAACUAAGUAAAUCAAAUGAAAAGAAAUCGAUUUAAUUAUAGUAAAACAAUUGAUUGAAUUAACAUUUUUAAAUUCAAGCAGAUCGAUUUAUUAAACAACAAAUCAACAAUCAUUGACAAGUAAUUAAUUUUACACUUUAUAUAUACGAUAUAUUACAAUAUGGUAUCUGUAAAUUUAGAUGAGAAUACAAAUGAAAACGCACACAAGCUGCGUUUCGAAAAUGCAAAACCGUCGACUGAUAUUUAUAACAAAAAAAUAAAUAAAUAAAGUAAAUUACAAGGAAAGCAAAGAGAUUCAUUUGUAAAUACACCGAAUGCAGGACAAUGCGCUGAGGAGCAUUAUGUUAAAGUAAACACACCUAAUCCCAACAGAUCCCUACCAAUCCAAAAUCAAAAAACCCCCAAUUCCCCAACAAAUCGAAUUUGAGUUUCGAUCCCCGCAGAAAAAGUUGCACCCAACACUAGCGAAAUUUUUAAAGCGCAUUAAGCAAAACGUCAAAGAUACAUAAAUCUAUAUAAAAAUCGAUAUAUAUCUAAAUACAUAUAUAUUAAAUGAAUACCAAUUAUUGUUGUUGUCUCA